GUCACAGGCUUAGGCUUAUUCAUGCAGUUGUGUCGACAUUAUAAUACCGAGUUCUUGAGGGGAGUGUUCAUGAACAUUUCUAAACCAGUGUGCUCAUAAUGUAACAUUCUUUGAUGUUUGUUGUUUGUUUGUUUUAUUUUCGUUUUAAUUUCUAUUAUAAUUUGUGUAUCAAAUUCAGAAACAGAGGACGUGGAGGACGUGGAAGUGUGUCAUCAUAAAGAGGAUGUAAUGGCGAUGACCUGUGAUGGAACGAUUCUUGCAUGCGUGGCUGAGGUCGAAGUAUGCGGCAAAGACUUUCUCUCUCGUUUACGUUACAUCUAGCCAACUUCCCACAACACGCAGAGAAGCCCCUGAUAAAGACUGUGAAACAACAGAAAGACUAGGGCCACUUGAGCAGAGCUUGAAAACCUUGCCCCCAAGGUAUGUACGUGGGAUCAGAAGAACCGUGUCAGAGCCGACGCGAAGUUUGAACAAAUCCUUGUCGGAAGCUUUGAAGGAUGAGAUCGGGUGUAUGAUUCGCUUUAGACGUUUCACCGCAGGUUAUGAGGAAUUCGAGGAGGAAGACAAACCCAGAAAGAAUAUCCUAACCAUGGAAGACAUUCGGCGGCGAGAGCUCGUGCGACAGAGGAACAAAAAACAUGCCAAGGCCUCACGUGAACGAUUCCACCAGCUUUUGGAGGAUCUCAAAGAAAGACAAUUGGACCUCGAGGCGGAAAAUAACAGUCUACGCGCUGACGUCCAAAAUCUUAAGUCCAGAAAAGAAAUAAUGUUGGAAACAUUGCGGGGAUUCGUGUCUGAUGAUCCCCUCAGCAAGCCUGUUGUUAGUUCCAACAGCCCUGGACAUGGAAAGAAACAUUAUUUGUCUACAAACCGCUGUUUUUCUGUCUUGACGCACUCACCAACAAGAAAAUCCCAACAAUGGCCCAACACAUUCCCCAGGCAGAAGUUCUCUGUGACCAGAAAAGUAGAGGAUUGGCUGCAGGCUCAGGCAACACUUCCGUCCACAAGUAAACAGAACCCAGAAGAACUGCUAUGUUGUCCCACAAGCUCCGGAAAACGGGAUCCAGUAAAAUCGAAAACAAGUGGCAUGCUGGCCAACUGACGACCGCAUAAUCGGACGAAAGUUCAAAAAGAGGAUGUCUCCGCUAGAUCUCGUAGACAGCCUAAUGAGAGUACAUCUUGCUCUGUUCUUUGUAAAGAGACCCUAAUAAUGUCCUUAACUUCAAGAAAAUGUAAUAAAUGAGUAUAUGGAGUCAUUGCAUGAUUGUAUGACUGUUCAAUUUCCCGCUUUUUGUAGUCUGCGUACUGCCUGGAAUUUUCUACGUUUUGAAUGAAUUUGAAUCGUGAUAACUGUUUCAUGCAUUGCCCAAAUUCAAUUAUUUAGAUGGUGAAUGUAAUAGUUUUUACAACUCUUUUUGAUCGAAUAAUAGCCUACACUUUCAAACGCUUUGACAUUGUAUUAUAAUGCUGAAUCUUAAUAUCGUCUUUCACACAUGGCGUCACGCGACCUAAAUGUGGCCGUGCAGUGAGUGGAAACCCCGGAUGUACGUACGUACUAGGUCAAGUAGGUUUUGAAGGUGGUGAACCUAAAGUUUACUUUUACCAAAAUGUCAUUUCCUUGUAGGUUGUUGGUUUUGGCUUCUUAUUUUUCGUAUGUGACAGAUUUAAGGCAAACCAUCCCCAUUUUCUAGAGUCAAAUACAAACUCAUGUUCUGCAUACUACAUACAUCAGCACGUGAAUCGCUUCUGGUUCUCUUUUUGUAACCUGACACAGUGUCCAUGUUACCUCCCGCUUCAGCUUCAGAGAUAGGGCAAAAGUAAAUUUGGACCCCUUAUUCUUAAAAGCGUUGUUUCGCAUGAUGUCAUGGAAACCCAAACAUAAGACAAGGAAUAUGUCUAAUUAUUAUCUCAUUGAUGUAACCCGACUGAGAGUGAGUCUCCAAAUGUGCGCAAUAGGUCAAGUAAGUUUUAAAUUGGGGCCCUUUUAAAAAAAAUCCAACGAUCUUCUCUUUACACUUUUAACAGCACUUUUCUUUGCCUUUAGUCUGUACUCACACAGCUCUAAACGAGGAGUCUUCUUUCACUGAGACAGUGUUGGUUACAUUGCCAGCAUGUAGUAAAAGACCUGAACUAAAUCUACAUAUUAUGUACAUUAUGUAUAAUGCUGCUUCUGGGUAUACUUCAAGUUCAAACACCAUGUUAUAUGUGUUGUAGCAAUUUGGAUUUUGUUUUAGGUUUUCCUCUCAGGUUUAAUUCCAAACCUGAUUUUCAUUCCUUCCCCUUUGUCCUUCAGUGUUCACAAUGUGUUUUGUCAGGUUCGCCAUUUGCACCAGAAGUGCAAAGGCUUUAGAUCUCUAUAAGAUGUCUGUUUUUGUAAGUGGUAGAUCUUAUACUUAAACGCUUGGAAGAGACACUCGUGUGAAGUCAAAUACAGUUGAAAUUAUGUAAAACAUUUUUAUCGAAAAUAGGAAAGUAUUUCUGGUAGAGUCUACGGUCUAGCAUGCUCAUAGAGAAAUCGUCGAGAAGCAGAGAUUUUUUCGUCAUGUACGAAUUUUACUAUUGAUGAGCUUUAAAAUAUAUAGACUAUAAAGAUGUAUAUCAAGAAUCCUAUAUGAAAAGAUGCAAGACCUGAAAGUCUGUUCUUUGUGAACAUGUUCAUUAUGUUGUCCUAAUCUGUAUUUUUAUUCCUAUCCUCUCAGAAUAAAAAAGCAACAUUCUUCGUUUAUUGGACUGCCAUCAGUACGUUAACUCGGGUCCAGUCUCUCGAGUAUCUAAAAAUUUUCAGUACUUUCCUAAGAGAAUUUUUUUUCAAGGGAAAUGAAAGACACGAACAGUUUGAUACAUGUAUUUAGCUGCAUAUUAUAGUCUUUAUUGUUAUUAUUUUUAAAAUUAUAAAUAUUUUAGGCUCAUUGAUUUGGUUUAGAUCAAUAAGAACGCAGAUUGCGUUAACUGCCAGUCAUCUAGUUCCAAACCUGACUGAAUGGGAUAGAGCAUCUCAGCAGACACGAUCAGUGAAAUAGAAAGUUCUCUCCGCGUUACCAAACUUACUUUCAGACUAGUUCUGUACGUGCAAUGGCGAGGUACCUAACCAAGGCCACACUGGCCAUGCACUGUGUAAUGUUUCAUCACUUUGUGCCACAACGCAAAUGACGUCAACUGCAUCAGUUCAAUUCUUUCUUUUUUUUUUUUACUUUCCGGCGCAGCCACGCAAAGAUGGGAGUAAACUUUAUUAGCAAAUCAAAGCACAGCAUACACAGCAGUUUCCCAACCGAAUAUAUGCCUUACAAAAAAUGAAGUCCUUAAUCUAUAUCCAGGUCUUUUCAGCAAAAUCGUGAAAGUACAUUACUUAUUAAUUUUCUGUUGAGGAGAAAAAACACACUUAAUGUGCACAAUCACAGAGAAUUGCGCUGUUAUGCAACGGCUUACUCAAUAAGCCGCCCUUCCGAGCGGAAGACACGGUAAAUUGCGCAGGUUUUUGAGCUUGCUAGGGAGAGUGGGGAGAAGUGGGCCACCGUGGGAAGAGUUUUUUAAAAACCGAAACAACUAAAAAAUGAAGAAACAAAGAACAGAAUGCGUUAUAUCAAUCUACACAACUUUUAUUGUGUUUAAAAACCAGUUGUAAGAGAUAGAAUGAAAUUGGUUUUAUAGAGUGCUGAAGUCAACAUUACAAGUGGAGAGAAGAGGGCCAUGGGUGGGGAGAACUGCCCCCCCCCCCUCCCUGUGGGGAGAAAAGGGCCCCCUGGGGAGAAGAGGGCCACAGGUGACAUCUUUUACCAGAGCUAUCGGAACCUUAACAAAAAACCCCAAUAAAUUCCCCACAACGGCACAAAUAUGGAAUUUAACGCAAAUUAAGACCACCAAAGUGUCCAAAGUCAACCUAGAUACGGAUGUCACCUCUAUGGUUCUUACAAUAGUGCCUCUGAAUUCAGAAUGUGGGUGGGGGUAAAAUGGCUCUAAUUGAGUCAAUGUGGACUGAAGAAAUAUCUUCCACUGCUGGUUUUACAAAGUGUAGGCUCUUUUUGCCCUUUCUUCUAAAAAAAAAAAAA